AUGGAAACUAAGAGCCUCGUAGCUUUGUUUCUUGUUUCGUGCAUUUUUGUCUCCAUCUGUUUUCAACCCGCCGCCUCUCAAGGUCUUCGAUGGGGAAGAGAAUAUGAAGAGGAAGAAGAAAAGCAUCGAGUGAAUCCAGUGAAAGCCGAUUAUCUCAGGCGCAAAGAGAUGCACAGAACAUUUGAAGAUGCCGCAGAUGAGGGUAAGAAAUUACAAAAAAAAAGACUGAAGAAAGUGAACGAAAAAAACUAGCGCCGAACAACAUUGUUAAUGGGAAUGAAACGUCUGGUUCCUUAAAAUAUAAAACGCAGGAAUAUGACAACAAAUAUUCUGCAGUCGCCUCUUCAUGGUUUGAUCAUCGCCAUCGUUAACCACUCACCCACCCACCCUAAACCAUUUUCGCCCAUCCCCCUCCCUCGUUCUCUUGUGGUUUGUUUUUAUCUCCUUUGUGUUUUUCUUUUCAAGGAAACUGCUAUGUUAAGUUGUCAUUUUAUUUGAAGGAAAUUAUCUAUGACUCAAAAUAUAGUGAUGUUGAAAUAUUCAAAGAAGAACAGAGAAAGUAAAAGAAAAACAAACAAACUGAAAAACUUCGCCUACUCUGGCAUUUGCUUGGCAUUCACUUCGGUUAUACAAUUAACUGACUGAUGGUCGAUCAUUGCAGUUUAGCACUGAUCUAGGCAUUAAAAACACAAUCCUAAGAAAAAGAAAUCGGUCUUCUAGUUUUGUUUUGAUGCCGUGUUUGACUUACUACGAUAAUAAUGGUGCUGACGAUUACAAAAAGGUCCUGUCAAUUUUAGAAAUCUCAUAAAGAAUUAUAUUUGCAUUGUAGCCGACUUUGAUUAUAGCAGACAAUGAGUUCUACUGGAAUAUUCUACACACCAAAACGGACUGGACUGGACAUUUGAUUGAAUCACUGAGCUUUCAUAGCCCGUUACUAUGGGAAAAAUUAACUUUUAAUUGAUGCAUGAUUAUUAUUUAGUAGAGGAGAUAAGUUAAGCUUGUAAAUGAGUUAAAAAAUCAUACGGAAAUAAAACGCAGUCUGAACGAUGUCAGAUUAAAAGGAACCAGACUUUUGUGUAGUGACAGCUAAAACCCGUGCACAAAGAAGGGAGAGAACCACGGUUACCAGGUCAAUAAACGUCUGAAAUCUUCAAAACUUUCGAGAGAAACAUUUUUUUUAAACCAUAACCGUUAAAUCACAGCUAUUGUCCCUUACCUGAGAGUAUGUUAAGCUCGCUUAGUAGGUGACCGCAGUGGGUCAUUUAGGGAAAUUUGAUAACAACUCACGUGUGGUGUGCCUAUUUACAUCUCUCGGCAAAAAGACACCGUGGGAGUAAACUAUUUGACAACGGGUGUUAGCCACAAAACACACUGAGAUAACAAAUUAUACGAUGAGGUUCUGGUGCCUUGAGGCUAUUAAAUCUCUCAGAGCGAGUAGCGGUGCUUAAGGGUACAACGUCGGCACUUUGCUUCUGAUUGCGGUGUUUUCGCAUUAAGUAUGUAAAUUAAACAUAGAUCUGGCCGAUUGCAUCCCAUCCUGCUUUCAUCGACAGAGAUCUGCUUGCAGAGAGUUUUGAUUGUUAAUCAGUGGCGCAAACAUGAAGCGCCAAUUUGCCAAAGCAACUGUAAAUGGUUUCGCAAUAAACAUUUACAUUUAAGUCUUGAUUAAAGCAAUCACCAGCGAAGAAAAGCUAUAGUGUACUGACAAUCGAAAAAUUGGACAAUUAAACACAAAGAUAAAGAUAGGUAGAGAGACAGAAAAAAAAUGUUUUAACUAUCAAAGAUGAUGCGAGCUUCAGAUUUCAAGCGUAGACACCAGUUGAAAGAAAACUAAAACGAAAAAAAAAGCUAAAUAUUUAAUAAAUACAAGAUCAAUUUUCAAAAAACCCAAAGCAAGUAUACCCCUUAAAAAUUAUAUUUGUUGCGUAAAGCAAAAAUGGAGUCAGCAAUUCUGAACUAAAUUUCAGUUAACCGACUAAAUUUUCUUCAAAUAUAUAGUUCAAACUCAGCUCACUCAGUUCCCAGGGUCAAGUCAGUUUCCAUCAUAUUAAUAGGCUUUGAGUAAAGAAGCUCAGGUGCAUUAUUGCCGAAUAAAAAGUCAGCAUGAUUCGAGCCUUGAAUCUCUUUGAAGUAUUUCAAGUUGGUUAUCCGGUCUUUUAGAAGUCGUACAUCUGUCGGGCUGGCAAGUUUGUCAUUUGAACCCGAGAAGAGAGCGGUUGGAGUCUUCAUGUCUUCUACAUGGUACUCUGGAGCUUCAAGCUGAUUUAAAAGACAAAUGGCAUGAAAUUGGGGUAACGAACGAAUGCCUGACUGUUAGUGACCAGCGAGCCGGUCAACCGACUCAUUGACCGACAUACCAAUCGACUCAUUGACCAAUUUGCCACCUGGAUAGAAAGUAUGGAGUAGUGGUUCUCUGAUGGAUUGACUAAUUCACUGAUUUCCCACCAAAACUCUUAAUAGAAUGGACAAUCUUCUCGGUGUAUGGGCUUUCUGGCUGACCUUCCUCUCGCCCUCACCAACUUGCCCCCCACCCCCAUCCCCUCCCCCAUCAAUGCCCGGGUAGGCCGGCUCUCCGGCUUUCCAACUAACUGACGGUCUAGUGGAGCUUUGAUUACAACUGACAAUGCUUUAAAACGAGUCUCUCAUAAAUUACUGAAACAGUGGUAAUAAGUACCUGGCCGUAAGUUCUAUAAUUGGAGAAGAAUCCAUAAUCAUACUGGGCACAUUUCUUUGACAACACCAUCUGAAAUAAAACAUGAACAACGGUAUUUCCAUAAAUAGGAAACAACUAUCCACAUCAGCCAUAGCAGCUGUUAUAAACAAAGAUCCAAAUAGCAAUUUGGAAACAGUUUUCAAUAUUUUAUAAUAACAGCUACAUUAUUUCCGUCUAGUUAGUUAGCUAUUUAAUAACACCAAACGUCACUGUUUGAAACAGCUGUGUCUGCAGCACAUUGUGAAUAUUACGGCGCAUAUUAUUUUUUUUCAUUACUUUUCUUAACCAUUUUAAAAUCAAUCCGAGACAUGUUCAUGUUCAGCUUUAAGUGUUUCAACGGCAGGAACCAAGGUGUCAUCUCGCUAGAAUUUCAAACACUUGCUCACAACUUUUCUUUUUCAAGAAUUGUAUAGUCCACAAACGAAUAUUUCAUCAUUAACCCUGGAUUCAAGAAAUCUUUCACUGAAAAUGAACAAAGGACUGAUGUCGAAAGCAGCCUCUAAAAUGGUUUAUACAUCUAUUUACUGUGAAAUAUCUCAAUCGAAAGAGUAUUAAAUUUUUGAUUUGUCAAGCACCAUUUGCUUUAAAAGGGCAAAUUAUAGAUGAAAUAUUUCUCGUGCUCUUAGGAUUUAGUAGACUUUUAUCUUUCCUUUUCAUCUUUUCUCUUUCAGCCAACUAAAAGAUGGAAACCAAGAGCCUUGUAGCUUUGUUUCUUGUUUCGUGCAUUUUUGUCUCCAUCUGUUUUCAACCCGCCGCCUCUCAAGGUCUUCGAUGGGGAAGAGAAUAUGAAGAGGAAGAAGAAAAGCAUCGAGUGAAUCCAGUGAAAGACGAUUAUCUCAGGCGCAAGGAGAUGCACAGAACAUUCGAAGACGCCGCAGAUGAGGGUAAGAAAUUACAAAAAAAAAGACUGAAGAAAGUGAAAGAAAAAAACUAGCGCCGAACAAGAUUGCCAAUGGGAAUGAAACGCCUAGUUCCUUAAGAUAUAAAACGCAACAUUGUGUUAACUAAAAUUCUCCAGUCGCCUCUUCGUGGUUUGAUCAUCGCCAUCGUUAACCACUCACCCUAAACCAUUUUCAUCCAUCCCCAUUCCUCGUUCUCUUGUGGUUCGUUUUUACCUCUUUUGUGUUUCUCUUUCCAAGGAAACUGUUAUGUUAAGUUGUCAUUUUAUAUGAAGGAAAUUAUCUAUGACUCAAAAUAUAGUGACGUUAAAAUAUUCAAAGAAAAAGAGAAAAAAUAAAAGAAAAACUGAAAACGUCGCCUACUCUGACAUUUGCUGAGCAUUCACUUCGGUUAUACGAUUAACAGACUGAUGGUCGAUCAGUGCAGUUUAGCACUGAUACAGGAAUUAAAACACAAUUCUAAGAGAAAAUCGGCCUUUUAGUGUUGUUUUCAUGCAGUUCGUUUGAUGUCGUGUUUCACAUACUAAGAUAAUAAUGGGCUGACGACUACAAAAAGGUCUAGUCAGAUUUAGUAAUCUCAUGAAAAUUUACUUUUUGCAUUGUAGCCGACUUUGAUUAUAACAGACGCUGA